AUGUGGCAGCCUCAUUUUCAUGUCUACGUCGCAGUGGCGAUGAUAUUUCAAGCAAUUCCUCUGACAGCCAUACCGAUGAACGCAAGCAGUGAAGAUGUAUCAUCAUCGUCAAUUCCAGCAGAAAGCUAUUUCAGAGACCACACUUCAUCAAAUCUACUUUAUGCCCACAUUAUAUUUAUGUUUCUUGGUUGGAUCGUCGCUUUACCCAUCUCCAUAAUGCUCAAUAUCGCAAAGUCAAAUCUUCGAUAUCCGUCUCACAUCGCAUUCCUCGGUCUUCACGGCAUCGGCACGGUUUUUGGCUGGGCAUAUAACUCCAGAACUCUGGAUCUAUACCCAAAAGCCUCGCACAAUAAUCUUGGGUGGGCCUUAUCUGCUCUUAUAUUUUCACAUUUCAUUAUCGGAAUUGUCAAAGAUUCCAUUGGGAGGACAUCGGAUUCCGAGACCAAAGAUGAACGCGCACCGUUGAACGCAGAAGCAACUGGCAGGAUGACCAGGGAAGAAGAGCGCAAUAUGGAAGCUUCGAAUCAGCUAAGCAGAAGUUCGUCAUCCAGAGCCGCCUCUCCUUACCCCGAGCUAUCGGAACAUUAUAUUGAUACUGACUCCGAGACGCUAUUUGAUGUGCACUUACAUUACAAUUCAAGGCUCGAGAACAGAUACAGAGAACCUAUGACAUGGAGUCGGCGGUGGGCCAACGUUUCCGGAUCGAAUCUACUUGUACGGAUCCUAGACUUGUGGUACGGUAUUGUUGAUCGAGGACUGCCCAUCCUCGGCUUUGUCGCCAUUUGUACCGGAAUGGUCACAAUGGCUGGGAUAUUCCAUGAGAAACAUAUCUUCAAUGGAUUAGCACAUUUCAUCAAAGGGGGAGUUUUCGUUGGGAUUGGAAUUAUUACGCUCGGUCGUUGGAUAGGCUGUUUUGCUGAAUUCGGAUGGGCCUGGAAUCUAAAACCUUCCAAUCUGACAAAGCGGACUGCCUCGAUAUCAAUGGAGACGGUUGAAUGCUUUGUCAUAUUCCUCUAUGGUAUUACGAACGUAUUUCUGGAGCAUCUUUCCGCAUGGGGUGAAGCGUGGGUUCCCCAAGACUUUGAACAUGUUGCUAUCUCUCUUUUGUUCAUUGGUGGUGGGUUAUGCGGGUUAAUGGUUGAGUCAAAAGCCUUUCGUCGUUUGGUCAAGGCAUAUCCUAAAGCUCCACCCCCCAAUGGCGAAUUUUCUAAACAUCUGCAACCGCAACUAGGGAUCUCGGUAAACCCGAUUCCAGCGAUGAUUAUCUUCCUCCUAGGAAUGAUUCUUGGCGGACAUCACCAGAUGAGCACGGAAUCAACUAUGAUGCACAAACAAUUUGGAAACCUUCUCAUUGCGGCAUCAGCAGCACGAUGUUGCACUUAUCUACUCCUUCAAAUAUCACCACCAACCUCAAUAUACCCAUCAUGUCCACCGUCGGAGCUCGUCUGCUCGUUUUGCUUCAUCUGUGGAGGAUUCAUGCUUAUGGCGAGUGUAAGAUUAUCCACCCCUCUUGCAAUCUCCCGAGUCAAGAACCAAUCUGACAUGGAGAUGUCACAGAACCGAGACACUGUGCAAUCUAUGAUUGACAGCGGUGUCAAUGGAAUGGUCGUUGCAACUGUUACUAUGGGUAUCACGGCGACGUUAAUGGCGUGGGUCAUUUUCCUUCUUGUGGUGAAGGGUUGGGCGGAGAAGAGGGAGGAGACGUGGCGGGACAGUGUCGUUUUGGUUCAAUGA